AUGGGCUCCUGGAGGAAGGCGUCCACCAAGGUCGAAGCGUAUAAUGCAAUCCGGGGAGGCAUCCAGAAGGAAGACUCUCGAUAUGACUCCCAGACCAGGGUCCCGCAUCCAAUAGACUCGCCUCCGCUAUACGCCCAGCAACAUCCGCCGCAGCAUCUUGGGGAGAAUUCAUCGUACUUCCUUCAGUCGCCUUUCACAUCGACUGCCUUCCCUUCUCCUGAGCAGAAUGGCUCGCAUUCACCGAUGCAGAUGCAAACAUCUUCCCCGCCGCAGACAAGCCACGAUGCGAAUCAAAAUCAGUCUUUUGGGUAUCAGACACCACCGAUCCGAUCGUCUCUCGACUCCUACGCCACGCGCCAGUCGCCAGCACAAACCUCUCCCGGCUCCUAUACAGGGUAUCAGUCCCCAGCGCCGUCCUCUCCCAACUUCUAUGCCGGGUACCAGUCGCCAGCGCAAUCCUCUCCCGACCCCAUUGCCGGGUACCAAACACCGGCGCCCUCCUCGGUCGACUCCCAUGCCGGGCCACAGCAGUCCUUCUACACGGACACAGCGCAAGGCCCUGGAGGAGGUACCCAUUCUUUCUGGAACGCCAUUCCGGGCGCAAGCUGUGACAACAACCCUUUGGAGAACACGGCUUACUCGUAUACCCUGCAGCGCAGCACGACGCUAGCCGAAACUCAGUACGACCCGCCUCCGGCAUGUGUACCGCGCAGUUACACCUUGCCCGUGGGGGGGUUCGAGUUCGAUCCCAAUCCGUCGUGGCAUGACUGCCGGGCGAACUGGAAUGCGUAGGCUCAGUGACAACUCGGCAUAGGGGCCCGCGCUAACUCCUUCCAGGACCACUGGUGGAUGCAGUGUUUGCCCACAGCCCCAGCACGCUUUUGGGAACCCUUUGUAAUACAAAGAGGAGGCCAUACGUAUCCGUCGUGUGGCUAUUGAGCAUCGGAUCGAAGGGGCGCCAAUGAAAGAUCUGUCUGCAGAAAGAGGGGCAGCAUUGACGGAGGCUUAUUGUCUGUCCGCGUCGGUCUCUUCCGGUACGAGUGCCGGUCUUGCUUUGAUAAAUGGUUUUGAGGCAUCUGAUUGAUUUUUCUCGGUUUGAGUCACCAACCUAUAGAGGGUAGAAGGGGGAAUUGUCGAGAACGAGUGGACGUCGAUACCUAGGGACGAGAUUAGGUGCUCGGAACUUAGCGAAGGAACUGGCGAGCCAAAUUGCGUGUAGCAUUAAGAGCGGUGUUCGAUACCUAUGCCCUUUUCGUGAAUGCAUUGUUUAC